UCCUCUUACCCAAUCAUGGAGCCUCUUGCAGAGGGCCCGUUAUUUGAGAUGGACCAGGAUGAGGAAGAGGAUGUUCUCUCAGUGAAGAGCGGAGGUGGCUGUACGUAUGCAACACCUGCUCUUGCGCCCCCUACAGGCACAGACCCUGACACGUUCAUAUACAUGAACUUCAUGAAGAGUCACUGCUGCUACGAUGCCAUGCCUACCAGCUCCAAACUGGUCAUUUUUGACACAACACUAGAGGUGAAGAAGGCUUUCUUUGCUCUGGUGGCUAACGGGGUGAGGGCGGCUCCACUGUGGGACAACAAGCUUAAGUGUUUUGUGGGUAUGCUGACCAUCACUGACUUCAUCAACAUUCUCCAUCGUUAUUACAAGUCUCCUCUGGUUCAGAUCUAUGAGCUGGAAGAACACAAGAUCGAGACAUGGAGAGAGAUCUAUCUCCAGUACUCUAUAAACAGACUAAUCAGCAUCACUCCUGACUGCAGUCUGUUUGAUGCCAUCUACUCCUUGUUGAAGAAUAAGAUACACAGACUGCCGGUCAUCGACCCGGCAACAGGAAAUGUCCUCCACAUCCUCACUCACAAACGCAUCCUCAAGUUCCUCCACAUCUUCGGAUCAAUGAUUCCUAAACCCAGGUUUCUUCAGAAGCGGAUCAAUGAGGUGUCGAUCGGUACCUUCAAAGAGAUUGCGACGGUCCAGGAAUCGGCGUCUGUCUUUGAAGCUCUGACCAUUUUUGUAGAGAGAAGAGUGUCCGCUCUGCCCGUAGUCAAUGAGCAAGGUAAAGUCGUGGCGCUGUACUCCAGGUUUGACGUCAUUAACUUAGCCGCCCAGAAAAACUACAACAACCUGAACAUGACGAUGCGGGAGGCCAUUUCCUCCAGAGCCUGCUGUAUGGAGGGAGUCCUCAAGUGUUACCCUUAUGAAACACUGGAGACCAUCAUCGACCGCAUUGCCAAGGCCGAGGUGCAUCGUUUGGUGUUGGUCGACAGUGACGAUGUGGUGAGAGGGAUUGUCUCUCUAUCUGACCUUCUACAAGCCUUGGUUCUCACUCCUGCAGAUAUUUUCGAGGGAUCAUGCUGUCAAGACUGAAGAGAACAAGAUGGAGAUUGAUCCUGCUAAACAAGACUAUGAGUUGACAAG